AUGGAAGGGUCUCACGGAAAGAUGGUGAAAGGAAUGGGAGGGGCUAUGGAUCUAGUGUCCAGUGCCAGAACCAAAGUAGUGGUCACCAUGGAACAUUCUGCAAAGGGAAAUGCACAUAAAAUCAUGGAGAAAUGUACAUUACCUCUAACAGGAAAGCAGUGUGUCAACCGUAUCAUUACUGAAAAGGCUGUGUUUGAUGUGGACAGCAAGAAGGGUCUGACUCUCAUUGAACUCUGGGAAGGCCUGACAGUGGAUGACAUAAAAAAGAGCACUGGGUGUGAUUUCACAGUUUCACCAAAACUCAUACCAAUGCGGCAGAUCUCGACUUGAAAUGUGUAGUAAACCGUUGUUCUAGGCCGUGUGCUCUUCAUUUUAACCACGUAGGAGUUUAUUAGAAGGACAUCAGUAAUCAUAAUUGUAUAUCUUACAAAGUUUUUGUCUGGUUUUCUUGUAGCAUCUUACUGCUUUUAUAGCCAUAUAGAUUUUGUUCUCUCCAGCAUGCUAUGGCAUUUUAAUGAAUAACCAAAAGGAAAAAUAUAUAUGCUUAGCUUAUUCGUUUUAUAAGUUCUGAGAAGGUCAUAUUUACAGUUGGUGCUCACAUUGGAUUUAUCUUCAUCUUCUGUGGUAGAUACAUUAAAUUGUGCACAAUUUGUACCAAGAUGGGCCUUUAGGGAGAGUUUCAUUGGUAUACUUUCCCUCCUAACUAAAUCAUGACAUGUAGAAAAAAAGGAAGAGGGAAGAGAAGAACUCCACUCAGAGAAUACCCAGGGCAGCAUUGUUCUAGUUCUGAAAGAUAACAUUUGUGUGGAUUGAAUUAGGAGAAAUGUUGUCUUAAAGAUUAGGUUUUUCCUUCAGCCUUCUUUGUCUUUUCUUUUGGAGCCUCUGACUUUGUGAUUACAUCUUAGUGCAUCCCUUCUCCCUCCCCACUUUUGGUAACUAAAAUAAAUGCCCAAGAAGGCAAACAGGAGCAUCUCUGUGUGAGAGAAGUAACCUGGUUUGUGGGAGAGACCGAAGGGUGUAGAGUCUAUUGGUGCUGACAUCCAACCAAGAAGUUGCCUUUAUAAACAAACCAAAUAACUACCUGUGCUUUGCCAAAGAUGACAGUUUUUUUUUUCUUUUUUUAGGAAGGCUAACUGAUUAGUCAGUUUUCUCAUUUUCAAACAGUGCAGUGUUCCUGUAUAUCCAGAAAGAUCCUUAGAAGUCUUUCUCUAUGGUAUUGUGGGCUUCUUGUAUAAUACCUCCUCUUAAGCUAAGAGGAGCUGUGGGGCAAUUUAUCAUGAACCUGCAGUAACAAUGACAGGAGAGGUUUAGUUUUUCUUUUUUUCAAGAAUUCAUUCUUUUCAGGGUCUCUUUUUUCUUUUUGGGAAAGUUUCUAAAUAUUGAAUGCCUUUUUCUACAGAACAGUGUUCUUUCUUCUACCCAGGCUUCUUGCUUGAACAAAAUACUUUUUAUUCAGCUUUAUCAAACUAGGGAAAAUAAUGAUAAGCAAAUCCAGGAUUUGAAGUGCAGUGAACUUCCUCCUUAGGAAAUAAACAUGGUAGAUUAGAUUUUGUAAGGACCUUCUCCUCUGAGGUAUCCUCAGUUAUCAAACAGUUCCCCAGGGGCUCUACCAAGCGUCCUGGGUAUCAAAUUGGAGAGAAGUCCAGGCACCCUGAAGACAGGCCAGAUUGCUGUCCUCUGGAUAGAGGUACGCAUGUUACAGUACAAUAUAUCAUUCCUCUCAUGCCAGAUACAGGCAUUUCUGCAAGUUUUUAGCUAAUGGCUGUCAUUAAAUUCACUUUCUCUUCAGAUACAGCUACAGUUCUGUCAUUUUAGAGGAAAGAGAGAAGCACACUCCAUAUAUAAAAUGGUCUUUCUGGCUGGCUGCAUGUUUGAAAGCUUCCUCUCCCAAUACUGGUAAAAUGGACUUUCUAGAGAAUUUUCAUGGUCUGGAGAAUAAUUUGCAUCUGUGUUAGAGUAAUGGUUUGGAAAAUGUAUGAUAUUGAUGGUUGCUCUUUUUGUAAACGUCUUCUGUGAUUCUAAGAAAGCUCCUCAUGUUGAGUGGCAAAUUCUAAGUAGAUUACUUUAUGUUCUUGUUUAAAGAGUACCAUAGGUGUUAGGAAAUGCAUUAAGAACCACAAUAAAUAUUCCCAAUGGAUGUCGAUCA